CUUUUUCUUUUUCUUUUCUAACAAAACUUAUUUUUUUCUGUCUAUCAUGGGUGUUACUGUUGAAUCUUAUCAAGCUGGUGAUGGUGUAAACUUCCCCAAGGCUGGUGACAGUGUCACUAUCCACUAUACUGGUACUCUUGAAAAUGGUACCAAGUUUGAUUCUUCCCGUGAUCGUGGACAACCUUUCCAAUGCAAGAUUGGUGUUGGUCAAGUCAUCAAGGGUUGGGAUGAAGGUGUUCAAAAGCUCUCUGUUGGUGAAAAGGCCAAGUUGACUUGUACUCCUGACUAUGCUUAUGGUCCUAGAGGUAUUCCUGGUGUCAUCCCUCCUGCUGCUACUCUUAUUUUCGAUGUUGAACUUCUCAAGAUCAACUAAAAUAGAUUAGAUAGAUAGAUUCAUUCUUUUCUGUUUAUUACUAUGCUGUUAUCUCUUACCUGAAUUGGAAUAAAAUUUCUAUUGUUUGAAUGAUA